AUGGGUGUGUGUUUCUCCGCCAUUAGAGUCACUGGUGCUAGCAGCAGUAGAAGGAAUAGUCAGACCAAUACUCACAACAACCGUAAAGGCUGUAAGAACCCUAAAUCCUCCAAUACUCCCAAUCCCAAGGACAACAACGAUAAGCCUUCCAUCAAACGAAGAACCGGCUCGAUCCCGUGCGGCAAGCGUACCGAUUUUGGGUACGCGAAAGAUUUCCACGACCAAUUUACCAUCGGCAAGUUGCUGGGUCAUGGUCAAUUCGGCUAUACUUACGUCGCCAUUGACAAGUCCAAUGGAGAUCGUGUCGCCGUCAAGAGACUCGAUAAGAGUAAGAUGGUUCUUCCUAUUGCGGUUGAGGACGUGAAGCGAGAGGUUCAGAUACUUAAAGCUCUUUCAGGCCACGAGAACGUUGUACAGUUUCACAAUGCCUUUGAGGAUGAUGACUACGUGUAUAUAGUUAUGGAGUUGUGCGAGGGAGGUGAAUUACUGGACCGGAUAUUAUCUAAGAAAUAUAGUCGUUACUCCGAGAAAGAUGCAGCCGUUGUCGUAAGGCAGAUGCUCAAAGUCGCAGGAGAAUGUCAUCUACACGGUCUAGUACAUAGAGACAUGAAACCAGAGAAUUUUUUAUUCAAGUCAACUAAACUGGAUUCGCCUCUAAAGGCCACAGAUUUUGGUUUAUCGGAUUUCAUUAAACCAGGGAAAAGGUUCCAUGACAUUGUUGGUAGCGCCUAUUAUGUUGCUCCCGAAGUACUUAAGCGCAGGUCAGGGCCUGAAUCAGAUGUGUGGAGCAUUGGUGUGAUUACAUAUAUUUUACUUUGUGGAAGGCGGCCUUUCUGGGAUAGGACAGAAGACGGUAUAUUUAAGGAGGUCUUAAGGAACCAACCUGACUUCAGUCGUAAACCAUGGGCAACCAUAAGCGACAGCGCGAAAGAUUUUGUUAAAAAGUUACUUGUAAAAGACCCACGAGCACGGCUAACUGCUGCACAAGCCCUGUCACAUGCGUGGGUUAGAGAAGGUGGCAAUGCCACUGAUAUCCCUGUCGACAUUUCAGUUCUGAAUAACUUACGUCAGUUUGUAAGAUAUAGCCGUCUAAAACAGUUUGCUUUACGGGCGCUUGCUAGCACACUUGAUGAGGCAGAGAUUUCUGACCUCAGAGAUCAGUUUGAUGCAAUUGAUGUGGAUAAAAACGGUGUCAUUAGUCUUGAGGAGAUGAGACAGGCACUUGCCAAAGAUCUUCCUUGGAAACUGAAGGAUUCACGAGUUGCUGAGAUCCUUCAAGCGAUUGAUAGCAACACUGAUGGGCUAGUGGACUUCACAGAGUUUGUAGCAGCAGCUCUUCAUGUUCAUCAGCUGGAAGAACAUGAUUCAGAGAAAUGGCAGCUAAGAUCAAGAGCAGCAUUUGAGAAAUUCGACAUUGACAAAGACGGGUACAUAACGCCUGAGGAACUUCGAAUGCACACGGGGUUAAGAGGGUCAAUAGAUCCGCUUCUGGAUGAAGCAGACAUAGACAGAGAUGGGAAGAUAAGCCUGCAUGAGUUCAGGAGACUUCUGAGAACAGCGAGCAUAAGUUCACAGAGAGUUCCAAGCCCUGCAGGCCACAGGAAUCCUCGGUAG